CGCUAUCUUAGACAUAUCUGUGGACCAUGAACCUUUGUUAGAUCUUUCCAGCAUCUUAACCCUUCUAUUUCUUUCUUUAUAUUCUGCUCAAAUCAAAGUCAAAACCAAAAUGUACAUAGAAUUCCUUGACUACAAGUCCUUCCAUUUAUUGCUUUGUGUUGGAUUUCAGUUUUUUGUUUCUCUUUGUCAAAAAUAACUGUUUUCUAUGACUAUCAUAAACGUGUUGAGUUUUUGAAACUGUCAUUUGAGGAAAAUUCGUUAUUGUUUUGUCCCCUUUUGUAAUUCCAGAUAUUUUGGCCAUCUGGGUUACUGUUUUCUGGGAUGCCGGAAUUUGGUUUUGGUUGAAAAUUGAAAGUACCUACCUUGUGUUAGGUAAUUCAAAGGGGUCAGAAAUUUUCUUUUGGUCUCUAGCCGUAGGUAUUAAAUAUUAAUUUUGUCGGUGGGUUUGAGUGUUGAAGCAAGAUUGAGGUAGUUAAAUUGGUAGUUGGGUUUUUGGUUUCAAUUCACAAGAAUAUUGGUUUGUCACAAGAAACGUGUAAAGGGAAAGCUCAACUGCUUCUGUGAGCCUUUUUUCUACUGCAUACAACUCACAAGUAGUUUUUUUUUUUUUUUCUUUUCUAGUGUUUGAACUCCAACCUCAGGUUUUGUAUUGGGGAGAGAGAGAGAGAGAGUUACUAUCUAAUUGUUUCUUCUAUUGAUGUCCCUUAUUGUGUUUUUGAAAUGAAUCGUUCUGGGGCAGAAAGUGAUAAGAGAACAGCAGUUGAAGUUACCAAGGACAAGAAUGGAAUUGGCCAGGUCGUGCUUCGUAAUCCUCGUGGAGCUUCAGCACGGGUUAGCUUACAUGGAGGGCAAGUUCUUUCAUGGAGGACUGAACAUGAUGAAGAAUUAUUGUUCACAAGUAGUAAGGCAAUCUUUAAGCCACCAAAAGCAGUGAGAGGAGGAAUUCCAAUUUGUUUCCCACAGUUUGGGAGCCGUGGAUUGCUGGAACAACAUGGAUUUGCAAGGAACAAGAUUUGGGUCAUUGACAAAAAUCCUCCACUACUGCAUCCCAAUGAUUCCAAUGGCAAAGCCUAUAUUGACUUACUACUCAAACCAUCUGAAGAAGAUAUGAAGGUCUGGCCACAUAGUUUCGAGUUUCGUCUCAGAGUCUCUUUGGCAGAAGAUGGGUAUCUAACAAUGAUAUCACGCAUCAGGAACAUCAAUUGCAAGCCUUUCAGUUUCUCAUUUGCAUAUCGUACAUAUAUUUCCAUCUCUGAUAUCAGUGAAGUGAGGGUAGAGGGUUUGGAGACUUUUGACUACCUUGACAACCUAUGUGACAAGGAGCGCUUCACGGAACAAGGAGAUGCCUUAACAUUUGAAUCUGAGGUGGAUCGAGUUUAUCUUAGUUCAUCAGAUGUGAUUGCUGUUUUGGAUCAUGAAAGAAAACGCACAUUUACCAUACGAAGGGAAGGACUUCCAGAUGUUGGGGUCUGGAAUCCAUGGGAGAAGACGUCCAAAUCCAUAGCAGAUUUCGGGGAUGAGGAAUACAAGAGGAUGCUUUGUGUUGAUGGAGCAGCAGUGGAGAAACCAAUAACCUUAAGACCAGGUGAAGAAUGGACGGGCCGGUUGGAACUCUCUGUAGUCCCUUCAACUUAAAAGUGACCAUCUUGAUUCCCAUAAGCCAUGACAUUAUUUUAAUUAUUGAAUGUCAAUAAUAUACCAAUAACCCAUAAGGGGCUGCUACUUGAAAAGUGUGUUUGCAAUUUGAAGGUGAAUAAGGACAAUGCAUCACCUCCUAACUGGAGACCUUGGUAACAGACGUUCCUGCAAUGAAGGUGGAGAUUUGUUUUUAUGUUUCUCACCGCUAUAGUAAUGACUUGAAAUGUAUACGGACUAUGUUUACCCAAAAAGAUUGAUUAACAAAGUUUGUGUAUAUAGUAGAGUGACAUGUAUGCUUGAUUUUGUUGCAAUGAAGAUCUCUCUC